UGUUGAGGCUGAAACCAUCAUUUUCGCCCUUGCUAUUAUAAAAUCCUUGCUGUCGCGUUGCGGCCGACAAGCAUUCAGCAUGGCUGCACAUAAGCCAAACGUUGUGUUUGUGCUUGGAGGACCUGGAUCAGGAAAGGGUACGCAAUGUGAGAAAAUUGUGAAGGAAUUUGGCUACGUUCAUCUCUCAGCUGGUGACCUUCUGCGGCAGGAAAGGGCAAAGCCAGGUUCUCUCAUUGGAGAAAUGAUUGAAGGGCAUAUUAGGAAUGGUACCAUCGUCCCAGUUGAGGUCACGUGCAGUCUUCUUGACAAGGCUAUGCAAGAUCAUGGAGGACUUAAUUUUUUAAUUGAUGGGUUCCCGAGAAAUAAAGACAAUCUGGAAGGGUGGAACAAAGCAAUGUCUGACAAGACCCGCCUUCACUUUGUCCUGUUUUUCGACUGCCCAGAUGAAGUGUGUAUAGAGAGAUGUUUAGGUCGGGGAGCAGCUGGUAGUGGACGAUCGGACGACAAUGCUGAAAGCUUAAAGAAACGGGUGGUCACAUUUGUCACCUCAUCGUUGCCAAUAAUUCAGCAUUACGAAGUGCAGGGACUAGUGAGGAAAAUAAAUGCAGCCAAUACACCAGACGAGGUUUAUGAAGACGUAAGGAAAGUAUUCAAGGCGAUUUCUGAAAAAUCGUAACAACAGGAGAGUAGUUUAUUUGCAUUUUCAUACCUUACCGGUAUUAAACUGAUACGUCUUCUUGACAUGAAAUUACAUUUGCAGGCUAUAUAAUGAAUUGAGAUUGUAGGCUGUCAGGUACACAUUUCUCAUUAUUUAUUGAACAGCAAAAUAUUCAAAGCAGUGGCUUUCACAGUUCAUGCAUAACAUCAGGAGUGGAUAAUAGAGAUUCUCUAUUAUCCACUCCUGAUAACAUGCAUGGUUUGUGUCAGAACGUUACAUAUAUUUUACAGAUGAGCACAUUUUAUUAAUACAUUGUAGUUGAAACAUUUGCCCGCUGUUUGGGUUGCUGUGCUGACCUUUACAAUCAUGCGCAAUGGCAAUGAGGACGUAUGGUGGCAUCGUACUGUUACACUACCAGCUUACAAUAUCAGGGGCUGAAAAUAGUGGUUUUUGCCUGCAUGUCCGGGACUUUUCAGCAAUAUGUUUGGAAGGACCGAUGAAUGAUUUGGAAGGUCCGAAUAUGAAGUUUCUGACACUGUCAUAUUUUGAGUCUUUUAUUAAUCUACUCGUUGUAGUUUCACUUUACACAUCAUAUUUUGCAUUUUUCAACGAAGUACCAGUAGUUUCGGUUUCAUUUUGCAAGUCAUUUGUAACGUUUGUUUGGCUAAUAGAUCGUUUGGUAACAGUGGGUCCGUUUUUAGCUCACCUUGACAUCGUCAAGCUGAGCUAUUGCCAUGGGUCGUCGUUCGUCGUACGUCCGUCAGU